CAAGAUAGAGCAACUUUGUCAAAAGUUAUCCUAACGAGAUUUUUAAAAAAGCAUUUUACAGCGUAAAACCUCCACUUUUCAAGUUGAUAUAUUAGAGAACGAUUAAUUGACUUUUGUCCGCCAUUGUAUAUUAUCUCAACAUGCCUUCCUAUAAGCUGAUUUACUUUCCCAUCACGGCAUUGGCCGAACCAAUUCGCUUCCUGUUCAGCUAUGCUGGCAUCGAAUUUGUGGAUGAACGUUUCGAUAGAAAAGAUUGGAAAAAAAUUAAGCCAACUACACCAUUCGGUAAGGUACCCGUACUCGAAGUAGACGGAAAGAAAAUUGAUCAGUCCGCAGCUAUCUCCCGUUAUUUGGCGAAACAAUGUGAUCUUGCCGGCAAGAAUGAUUGGGAGUCUUUGGAAAUCGACUCGACCGUUGAUACCAUACACGAUUUACGCGCCAGCAUUGCUGCUUUCCACUAUGAGAGCAAUGAACAAGCUAAACAAGAGAAGAUUAAAGCUGCCAAAGUGACGGUGCCAUAUUAUUUGGAGCGUUUGGACGCUCAGGUGAAGAAGAACGGCGGUUAUUUCAUCGGCGGUGCUCUGACGUGGGCCGAUCUCACUUUUGUUGGUCUUUUGGAAUACUUGAACUUGAUGAUGAAAGAGGACAUUAUUGAGAAAUAUGAGAAUCUGAAGCAACUUCAAAAGAAGGUCGAGGAAGUACCGGCUAUCAAAAACUGGAUCCAAAAACGUCCGGCGUCUGUCUUACGUUAAUUAAUUCGGAUAAUUUCAUAAAAUAAUUUUCCGAAAAAGAUUAUUGUUCAUUGACGUUUGAGUUAAAUAAAAUAUCGAGAUUUCCUUUUUUUUCUAAAUAUAUCUACAUCUAUGCAAUAAAAAAUAUGUGUGUAAAUUUGCAAACUAUGCACUGGAAAUACAGAUAUAUAUUUUAACACUUGUUGAAGGCUGAUUAUCAUCGUAUGACAAUAAUGAAAAUAUCAUAAUUUCUAAUUAAAUUUUAGAAAAUGAA